AUGGUAUUUAUCCGUUCUAUCUCGCGGCUGGCCCGCCCAGCUUCCUCCCUCCUCGCCGCACGCGCCAAAGCUCCCAGCAUUACAUCACGCGGCGCCUCUCUUCUGCGCCAACCGAGUGGGGUCAGAACGCUAACAGCAACCUCGCGACAACAGGGCAAAGUCUUGCUUGUUCUCUACGAUGGUGGUGAACAUGCCGAGCAGGAGCCGCAGCUCCUAGGCACGACCGAGAACGAGCUCGGCAUCCGACAGUGGAUCGAGGAGCAGGGCCACACUCUAGUCACCACCUCAGACAAGGAGGGCGAGAACUCCAAGUUCGACCAAGAGCUGGUCGACGCUGAGGUUAUCAUCACCACCCCCUUCCACCCCGGCUACCUCACCGCAGAGCGCCUCGCAAAGGCCAAGAACCUGAAGCUGGCCGUCACCGCCGGUAUCGGCUCCGACCACGUCGACCUCGAUGCCGCCAACAAGACCAACGGUGGUGUCACCGUCGCUGAGGUCACGGGAUCGAACGUCGUCUCCGUCGCUGAGCAUGUCAUCAUGACCAUUCUUGUCCUCGUCCGCAACUUCGUGCCUGCGCACGAGCAGAUCGCAGCCGGCGAGUGGAACGUCGCUGCUGUCGCCAAGAACGAGUACGAUCUUGAGAACAAGGUCGUCGGUACCGUAGCUGUUGGCCGCAUCGGCGAGCGCGUCUUGAGGCGUCUCAGGGCGUUCGACUGCAAGGAACUUCUUUACUUUGACUAUCAGCCACUGUCACCUGAGAAGGAGAAGGAGAUUGGCUGCCGGCGGGUUGAUGACCUUGAGGACAUGCUGUCGCAGUGCGACGUUGUCACUAUCAACUGCCCGCUGCACGAGAAGACCCGCGGAUUGUUCAACAAGGAGCUGAUCUCCAAGAUGAAGAAGGGUUCCUGGCUGGUCAACACCGCCCGUGGCGCUAUCGUCGUCAAGGAGGAUGUCGCCGAGGCGCUCAAGUCCGGCCAGCUCCGCGGCUACGGCGGCGACGUCUGGUUCCCGCAGCCAGCACCCAAGGAUCAUCCACUCCGCUACGCCGCCAACCCCUGGGGCGGCGGGAACGCCAUGGUCCCCCACAUGUCCGGCACGUCGAUCGAUGCGCAGAAGCGGUACGCAGCUGGCACCAAGAAAAUCCUGGACUCGUACUUCUCCGGCCGCGAGGACUACAACCCUGCGGACUUGAUCGUGCACAAGGGCGACUAUGCCACCAAGGCUUACGGCCAGAGGUCCACCAAGUCCUAG